CAGUCUUUUCGGGGUGAGAUUUAUUAAAGAUGCCUUUUAAAGAGCGCUCGCAAGACCGACAAUCUUGAUAUACACAAUGUACAAAAGCCUAAUUUUACAGCCAACCACUAAAUAAUCUCCUAUCCUGAGCUUCUUAAGACGCUAUUCUCGCAAGUCUACAAUGACAGCUACUUCUCCUCCGAAAUUCCCCUUCGCCAGACCAGCCGCGGCAGAGCCUCCUGUGGAGUAUGCAAGUCUUCGCGCUACAGAGCCUGUAUCUCAAGUAGAGCUGUGGGACGGAAGUCAUCCCUGGCUUGUGGUAAAAUACAAAGAUGUCUGCAGCGUACUGACAGACCAACGGCUGUCCAAAGAACGUACUCGUCCGGGAUUCCCGGAAAUGAGUGCAGGCGGGAAAGCUGCGGCCAAAAACAAGCCUACCUUUGUGGACAUGGAUCCCCCUCAGCACAUGCAGCAAAGGGGUAUGGUCGCGCCUAUUUUCACCAAAGAGAGAGUUGAAAACCUUCGACCUCAUAUCCAAGCCACUGUCGAUCGAAUGCUGGAUGCCAUGGUGGCAGCGAGAGGUGAAAAUCCGGUUGAUCUUGUCGAAAAGCUCGCAUUGCCAGUUCCUUCCUAUAUCAUCUACGGUAUUCUGGGAGUGCCAUUCGAAGAUCUCGCCUACCUUACCGAGCAGAAUGCAAUUCGAAGCAAUGGAAGCGCAACAGCGACGGAGGCAUCGAGCGCGAACGAAGAGCUCCUGAAUUACCUCGGAAAACUCGUAGACCAAAGGUCAUCUGAGCCAAAGGAAGAUCUCAUCAGCAAGCUAGACGUAGAGCAGGUCAAGCCAGGGCAUAUCGACAAAUCGGAUGCAGUCCAGAUAGCAUUCCUCAUGCUAGUAGCCGGUAACGCAACAAUGGUCAACAUGAUCAAUCUAGGCGUCGUAACUCUCCUUCAAUACCCAGACCAACUCGCCGACCUCAAAGCCGAUCCGACUCUCGCCAAAGCCUUCGUAGAGGAGCUUUGUCGCUUCCACACCGGCUCUGCUAUGGCCACACGCCGCGUCGCGAAAGUCGACGUCACGCUUGGCGGCAAGUUAAUAAAGGCGGGAGAGGGCAUCAUUGCCUCAAACCAGUCUGCAAACCGAGAUGAAGACAUCUUUCCGAAUCCGGAUGUCUUCGAUAUGCACCGGAAGCGAGGUAACGAGGAAGCGCUCGGUUAUGGCUGGGGAGAACAUCGGUGCGUUGCGGAAUGGCUUGCCCGUGCGGAACUGGAGAUCGUGUUUGCCACGCUCUUUCAGAGACUUCCGAAACUCCGCUUGGCCAUUCCGUUCGAAGAGAUCAACUAUUCGCCGCCAACCAAGGACGUUGGUAUUACAGAGUUGCCAAUUUUGUUUUGAGAGAAGAACGAAAUUCCGAUCUGGAU